AUGAGUAGCGGGAAUAACAAGCAAUCGCCCUCGUCAGCCGGGGGCGAGGACACCGCUGCUAUUGCUCCGCCUGCGCAAUCGGGACUCUCCAUAGCAGCCGCAGUCGCACCGGCGUUUGAAGCUCACGUCGCUGUUGAGCAUGCAGCUCUGGGGCAGCAACUCCAUUUCGACGAGAGUCAUGUUUCUUUCCUUGGCAUUUACCGAUUUGCCGACACCGUCGAUGUACUUGUCGUCACCAUCAGUGCUCUGUGCGCAGUCAUUGCCGGCGCCCUCAUCCCCAUCACUCCGAUCAUCAGCUCACGCAUUAUCAAAGCUUUUUCGAAAGCCGAAGGACAUGAUCAGGAUGCCGAGACCCUCCUCAACCGGUACACGUUGUACUACGCCUACAUUGUCCUGGUCGCAUUGGUGACGUGGUUCAUUGCCACGGCUGGCUUCAACUACACUGGCGCGCGCAUCGCCCGUCGAAUCAAAAUCCGGUUCUUUGCAGCCACAUUGAAACAAAACAUGGCUAUUUUCGACGACAAUGGCAUUGGCGGCAUUCUCUCCCAGCUUACGGAUGAUGCCAAUGCGGUGCAGAAUGCCAUCUCCUCCAAGCUCUCCCAAACAAUCGCCGCAUUGGGCACACUGGUCGCUACUGUGGCCGUCUGCUUUGCCGUUGAUGCCAUCUUGAUGCUGGAGCUAAUUUGGUCACUCUUCGUCGGCUAUGUCGUGCUGUAUCUCGGUGGCGUCCUCACAGUGCGGUACAGCACGCGCAGUAUUGAAGCUUCUUCCUCUGGCUCUGGCGUCAUCGAGGAGGCCUUUAGUUCUAUCAAAACGACAACGUCGCUGGGAAUUCAAAAAUAUGUGCACGACACAUAUAUGAACUUUUUGAAGCAGUCAGCCAAAUAUGGUUUCUUUAUCACCACCAUCAAUGGUAUUUUGAUCGCCAUUUGUGUUACCACUGGUUAUGUGAAUGUGGCAUUGGCCUUUUGGCAAGGCGCACGUCGCAUCACAGAAGGGAGCUCUAGUUUCACAGCAGUCGUGACGAUUGCCAUGGUCUCCAAGGCCGCUGCCUUUUGCGUUCUUGGAGUCGGUGCAAAUGUGGAAGCGUUUUCUUUGGCUGUCGCCGGCGCUCGCCGCCUCACCCGCAUGAUCAAGCGGAUCUCACCCAUCGAUUCCUCCUCCGACCAGGGUCUUGCUCCGAAUAACUUCAGUCCCGUCAUCGAGCUGCACAACUUACGGCACAUAUAUCCGUGCCGCCCAGCCACCACGGUGCUUGACAAUGUCAACAUUAAAUUCCCAGCAGGAAAGACGACAGCCUUGGUUGGGCACUCUGGUUCUGGCAAGAGCUCCAUCGCACAUUUACUUCUACGAUUUUACGACCCGCUUUCUGGAUCAAUUGUACUCGAUGGCAGAAAUUUGACCGACUACAAUAUUGGUUGGCUGAGACAGCAAAUGGCUGUUGUGAAGCAGGAGCCUUUCAUGUUCAACAAGUCUGUAUUCGAAAAUAUCGAGUUGGGAUUCACUGGUAACCGAGGUCGUCAUCUAUCACCACCCGAGAGACGAAAGGCUGUCGAGCAAGCCGCGAGAGUCGCACAGGCCAGCGAGUUCAUCGACAAGCUACCUCAGGGCUAUGAUACCAUUGUCGGAUCUCGUGGAUCCAGGCUGUCCGGGGGUCAGCUUCAACGUAUUGCCAUUGCCCGAGCACUAGUCAAUACCCCGCGCAUUCUCAUUCUAGAUGAGGCCACCUCAGCACUGGACAGUGAAACCGAGGCCAGAUUGCUCGCUACUAUGGCCGAGAGUGACAGGCAGCAAACCACUAUCGUCAUUGCUCAUCGUCUGUCCACAAUCCGUCACGCCGACAACAUUAUUGUGCUCGAUGCUGGACGAGUCGUGGAAAGCGGCAAGCACGAUGACCUCAUGGCAGCCGAAUCGCACUACUUCCGCCUAGUCAAAGCACAGGAUCAAGACCACGAUAAGCAGGAUCCUUUUGACGACGCCUACGAGUAUCGACCUUCAACAGACGGAGUGGCAGAACAGGGCAUUGAACACGCGCCAGAGGUCUUAGGUCCCGAGGGUGACCGUUCUGCCACGUCUACUUCGAUCUGGUCAAUGAUUCUGUUCAUGAUUAGAUUGAGCAAACGCCAAAGUCAUUGGAUGAUUAUUGGGCUUCUUGGAAGCAUCAUUGCUGGAGGAGAAGAAGCCGUAUCUGCCGUGCUCUUCGGAAAGGUCAUCACCGCUCUUGCCCGCCCUCUUGACGAAGCAGACAACAUUCGCUCCGAUGCUGCGUUUUAUGCCUGGAUGUUCCUUUUGCUGGCUCUCAUCAUGCUGAUCAGCAAUGUGGCGGAAGGAGUCGCGUUUGCGAUCGUAGCCCAGCACCUCUCCAACCGGGUCCGGGACUUGACGCUAGACCAUUACCUGAAGAUGGAUAUUUCCUUCUUCGACAAGGAAGAAAACUCUUUUGGUGCGAUUUCCGGAUUUUUGUCUGGCUCAGCAGGCGACAUUACCGGGCUCAGUGGCAGCGCCCUAGGCAUCAUCUUGAUCUGCUUCUCAACUGUGGUUUCUGGUAUUGUCAUUUCGUUUGCGCUAGGGUGGAAGCUUGCUCUCGUUUGCUUCGCGGUUAUGCCGCUGAUGGUGGGUGGUGGCUAUUUUGGUGUUUUGCUCGUCGCAGACUUUGAAGAGAUGAACGAGACGUUUGCCCACCAGGCUGCCGAGUUUGCUGGCGAGACCUUGGCAGGCAUUCAGACCAUCGCUGCCCUCACGCGCGAGGAGGAAAGCCUGCAUAUCUUUCAGGACAUCCUCGGAGCGAAUGAGUCCAAGGCUUUCAUCUCUAAUCUUAAGGUGUCAUUUCUUUACGCGCUCACUCAGACUGCGUACUAUGCCUGCAUGGCAGUCAGCUUCUGGUAUGGCGGGCGGCUCAUCCUGCGUGGCGAGUACACCCUAUUUCAGGCCAUUACCAUUCAGUCGGCGAUGCUUCUUAGCGCCUUCUCGGCCGGUCUUGUCUUUGCCUGGACUCCAAACAUCGGCAAAGCCAAGCAGGCAGCUGCAUCACUUCAGCGUCUGUUGGCGCAAAAGUCUGAGAUAGACCCUUCGUCGGUUGCCGGUACAGAUCCAGGCGCCAUAGAGGGCCAUGUUCAAUUCAGCUCGGUGAGCUUUGCUUACCCGUCACGGCCUGACAACCUUGCGCUGGAUAACGUGAGCUUUACCAUUCCGGCCGGCGCCAACAUUGCCUUUGUUGGCACGACUGGGUCUGGCAAGAGCACUAUUGUGUCUCUCAUUGAGCGAUUCUACGAUCCCCUGAAAGGUUCCAUCCUGGUGGACUCGAAGCCAGUCACCUCACUCCAGCUUUCAAAGUACCGCAGUUGCAUCGGCCUUGUCAGUCAAGUACCGAAUCUGUACCGCGGAACGAUCCGAGACAAUUUGGUUCUCGGCAUAGACGAUGAUGCCAAGGUUUCAGACGAAGAAAUCAAGCAGGCUUGCGAAGAAGCAUUCAUCUACGAAUUCAUCAGCAGUCUACCCGACGGUCUCAAUACCGAGGUGGGCAGCAAGGGUGUGCAGCUUAGCAUAGGACAGAAGCAGCGAAUCGUGCUGGCCCGAACGCUGUUGCGCAAGCCCACAAUUCUCCUGUUGGACGAGGCAACGUCGGCACUUGAUUCGCAGUCGGAAUCCAUCAUCCAGGAAGCCCUGGAGAAGAUGAAGCGAGCCAGGACCACGAUUACGAUUGCGCACCGGCUCAGCACAAUUGUCAAGGCGGAUAAGAUCUAUGUACUGAGUGAUGGACGAAUUGUCGAGUCUGGCACGCAUGCGCAGCUCAUGGCGCGCAAGGCCGACUAUUAUCGACUCUAUGUGGCGAGCAAGAGCGGGCAGGCUCUUUAG